GGCUGCGUAUUUUAGGCCUGCAACCUGCAACUUAUCUCCAUAACUGAAUAUAAAUAACCUAUAAGAAACAGUUGUGAAUUUUACGUGCCUUCGAAUAAAAAAAAUAUGAAAAAAAAUUAAACUGAUUUAGUUAACACAAAAGAAAAAUGUUUCAUAAGAAUAUAAUAUAUAUCGCCCAGUUGAGCUCUGUUGGUUUAGUUGGUUACGGUUUAGGGCAAUAUACGAGUAAAUUUAAGGAAAAUAGAGAUGAAAACUCAUUGAUUAUCAAUGGAAAGACGGUCAGAAAUAUGCCCGGCUUACCUAUCUUUGGAACAGUAUCAGCAGCUGCCCCUUUCACUGACAGUGGUACUACAAAAGAUAGAAUAUCACAAAUAAUGAAAUAUGGUUUUCCUAGUUUAGACAAUGUAAGGUCUUAUGAUGAUUUUGUUUUAUCUUAUGACCGUCGUAACAGAGUCCCCCAUUGGGUGUUUGAGCAUAUAACAAAAGCUCAUAUAGCAAAAAAUGAUCAAGUUGACAGAAGCAAAUGUGAUUUUAUGCCAGAUGACAGUAUCCAUCCAUUUUUUAAAUCUCAAAAUAGUGACUACAAAGGUUCCGGUUUUGACCGAGGACAUAUGGCGGCAGCUGGAAACCAUCGCAUCGCACAAAAGCAUGUUGAACAGACAUUCUUUUUAACAAAUAUUGCCCCACAGGUUGGAGAAGGAUUCAAUAGACACGCCUGGAAUAGAUUGGAGAAGCACGUCAGGAAGUUAACUAAAGUUUACGACAACGUGUACUGUUGUACCGGCCCCUUAUAUUUGCCAAGAAAGGAAUCAGAUGGGAAGAGCUACGUUAAAUAUCAGGUGAUUGGUGCGAAUACGGUGGCGGUACCUACGCAUUUCUACAAAGUUGUUGUGGGCGAAGCACCCGACGGUAGUCUCGAUAUGGAGGCCUACGUAAUGCCCAACCAGAAAAUACCCGAAGAAACACCAGUAUCAUCUUUCAUGGUCCCACCAGAGACUAUAGAGCGCGCAGCUGGUUUGUUAUUUUUCGAUAAAUUACAUAGAAGUAAAUUGAAUAGAAUAAAUGGCAAAAAACUAUGAUAGUUGCCUAAUAUAUAAUAGACCAAUGACAUAUUACAACUUAAUAAGUUCGAAUAAAUGCUAUAGUCUACCUAUAUUUGAAACGGAAGCGGAACGUAUUCGGAAAAGUUUUUAUUAAAAAAAGAACAACAUAUUUUUAUUCACUCAUAUAAAUUGUACUGCGAAAUCAAUCAGUCACGUAGUAUUUCAAGUCGUGACGUCACAUUUUAUUAAGCUCAUGUGCUGGAUGCGAUCGCAACAAAGACGUUGAGAUUAAGUUUAUUGAAAUGUGACGUUACACGAUGCGCCGUCAUGGCCGCCCUCGUUUCAUUUAAUACAAGAACCAAGAUAAUUUUGUUAAAAUAAAAAGUCAACUUUCAAAGACGAAACGUUUGCAAAAUUUAUUGUUAUAUAAUUCGGACUUCUAACUAGUUUACAUUAACUUCUACUUGGCUUAUCAACGAACACUGCCAUAUGGUUUAAGUUGUAAUAUUUAUAUUAUAUAGUGUAUACUAUGUAAAUAGUCGAAUUCAUUGAAUUAAUUAAAUAAUGUUAUAUCAAUUCAACAAGAUGUAAUUUUAUUCGUUAUUUAACCAAAAGAUAUUAUAAUUUUACUGAAUUGAUGUAUUAUAUUGUUAUCUAAUUUAUAAUUCUGUCGAAUAAAUGCAGUGUGAAUUGUU